AUGGAGGCUUCAGCUAAGAAACAGUUUGAGUUCGAAAACAGCAUCGUUCUUGUUGACCCCACCAAGGACGGCAUUUACACCUAUGAUGCCGCCGAACAAAAAGCACUCAACGAGAAGCGGCCAUGGAAAGAUAAUCCUAACUACUUCAAAAGAGUCCGCAUCUCUGCCGUAGCUCUUCUCAAGAUGGUUAUGCACGCCCGCUCCGGCGGCUCCAUUGAAAUCAUGGGCUUGAUGCAAGGAAAAAUCGCCCACGAGACCUUCAUAGUAAUGGACGCCUUCCCUCUCCCCGUCGAAGGGACCGAAACACGUGUCAACGCGCAAGACCAGGCCUACGAAUACAUGGGUGCCUUUGACACCUCGGAGAAAGCUGUUGGGCGAGCAGAGAACGUGGUUGGCUGGUACCACUCCCAUCCCGGGUAUGGAUGCUGGCUGUCAGGUAUCGAUGUAAACACACAGAUGAACCAACAGCAGUUCCUGGACCCCUUCCUUGCGGUUGUUAUCGACCCCGAUAGAACCAUCUCUGCUGGAAAGGUCGAUGUGGGAGCUUUCAGGACCUACCCUGAGGGGCACAAGGCCAAGGGUGGUGACGACGACGGAGAAUACCAGACCAUUCCACUGAGUAAAAUCGAGGACUUCGGUGCCCAUAGCAGCCAAUACUACUCCCUCGAGAUCUCGCACUUCAAAUCCUCCCUGGACGCCCACCUUCUCGACCUCCUCUGGAACAAGUACUGGGUGUCCACCCUCUCCCAGUCCCCACUCUUCACCAACCGCGACUACUCCACCAAGCAGAUGCUCGACCUCUCGCAAAAGAUCCACAAGACCGAGAUGACGCUCUUCUCAGGCGCAGGCAAGGGCAACCGCUCCUCGCUGCUCCCCGCCGGCUCUAGCGGCGCCAAAUCAAGUGGCUCUGAAGGCCAGCUCGACAAGGUCGUCAAGGACUCCAACAAGAUUGCCAGCGAGGAGAUCGCGGGCCUGUUCUCGAGCGUAAUCAAGGAUAGGAUCUUUGGCGGCGUCAAGGUGGAUACCGCUGGGAAGCCAUCCCCCGCGUCUUCGGCUUAG